CGCUUGGUUGCUGCCGGGUGACGCGGGCUGGGCCCGCCCCCUGCUGCCAGCCCCACACUCACUCUCACCAGCCGCCACCAAGCAGGCAGCAACCGCGUCAGGGCCGUCCGGGGGCCACUCUGGCGAUGCCCGCAGCCCCCGUUGAGCCCCGCGGAACCCGCUGAGUUGCCCCCGGGCCAGGGUCACACCGGGCCGGGCCGGGCCGCGCGCGGCGGCGCUGCCUGCAUGACCCUCCGGCGGCGCGGGGAGAAGGCGACCAUCAGCAUACAGGAGCAUAUGGCCAUCGACGUGUGCCCCGGGCCCAUCCGACCCAUCAAACAGAUCUCCGAUUACUUCCCCCGCUUCCCGCGGGGCCUGCCCCCCACCGCUGCACCCCGCGCCCCCGCGCCCCCGGACGCCUCCGCGCGCCCACCCGCAGCCAGCGCCGGCCCCCGCAGCCCCUCCGACGGCGGCCGCGACGACGAUGAGGAUGUGGACCAGCUCUUCGGAGCCUACGGUGCCAGCCCGACCCCCAGCCCCGGCCCUGGCCCCAGCCCCUCGAGACCGCCCGCCAAGCCCCCUGAGGAUGAGCCGGACGCCGACGGCUAUGAGUCGGACGACUGCACUGCCCUGGGUACGCUGGACUUCAGUCUGCUCUAUGACCAGGAGAACAACGCACUGCACUGCACCAUCAGCAAGGCCAAGGGCCUGAAGCCGAUGGACCACAAUGGACUGGCUGAUCCCUACGUCAAACUACACCUGCUGCCUGGAGCCAGCAAGGCAAAUAAGCUCAGAACAAAAACUCUGAGGAACACUCUGAACCCCACAUGGAACGAGACCCUCACUUAUUACGGGAUCACAGACGAGGACAUGAUCCGAAAGACCCUGAGGAUCUCCGUGUGUGAUGAGGACAAGUUCCGCCACAAUGAGUUCAUCGGUGAGACUCGAGUGCCCCUGAAGAAGCUAAAGCCCAACCAUACCAAGACGUUCAGCAUCUGCCUGGAGAAACAGCUGCCGGUGGACAAGGCAGAAGACAAGUCCCUGGAGGAGCGAGGACGCAUCCUCAUCUCACUCAAGUACAGCUCCCAGAAGCAGGGCCUGCUGGUGGGCAUUGUACGCUGUGCACACCUGGCCGCUAUGGAUGCUAAUGGCUACUCGGACCCCUAUGUGAAAACAUACCUGAAGCCAGAUGUAGACAAGAAAUCCAAACAUAAGACUGCGGUGAAAAAGAAAACGCUAAACCCGGAGUUCAAUGAGGAGUUCUGUUAUGAGAUCAAGCAUGGAGACCUGGCCAAGAAGAGCCUGGAGGUCACUGUCUGGGAUUAUGACAUUGGAAAAUCCAAUGAUUUCAUUGGUGGAGUGGUUCUGGGCAUCAAUGCCAAGGGCGAGCGCCUGAAGCACUGGUUUGACUGCCUGAAGAACAAGGACAAGAGGAUUGAACGUUGGCACACCCUCACCAAUGAGCUCCCAGGGGCUGUGCUCAGCGACUGACUGUCCCAUCUACUGCCACCCACCCAUGCCACCCGGUCCACACAGGC